AUGUCAAAGAACAACAAGAAGCGGCGGAGGUGCCAGGACCAUGGCAGCGAGGUCGCUGGUGAUUUUACUUGCACCAUGCCAGCCAAGAAACGCAACAAGGGGGGACGAAUCGACGAAUUGGAGCUGGAUAAGCAGUCUCGUCCUGCUGAAUUCACGCAUCCUGUCUUGUCGCAGUAUUUCCCAUGCUUGAAAACCCUGCGCGAGCACCUGCUUGCAAGUCUCCCUUCCUCGUCUAGGAUCAGGAGACGCAAGAUCGCAGCCAUCGGUGGCCGAGUUCACGGCAAGGACGGCGCCGCAGACAAACCACUCGAGGCUGCAGUGGCCCAGCUCCUUGACUCGACCAUUGUAGCCGCCUCGGAAGAGCAGACGGCCCUCUCCGAUGGACGAUGGGAGCAGUGGGCAAACUUCUCCCAGAGAGGCGACGAAUCUUACGUCACCCUGACGGACGGCGUGACAAAAGCUCUCUUCUGCCAGUCAGAGAUUGUCAGUUUCGUCAUCUGGUCUCUGUUUGAGAGGGAAAAGAAAUGCGGGGGCUGGCCACGCCAUCUGUUGUGCGAUGGCUUCAGCAGGGGACCGGCCUCUCGAGCUAACGGAUACGUCGGGCUCGCGGCCGCCGAUGCCGUACCCGGAAUAUUCGUUACGCAACCGAACCCACGCGUCAAGACACUCAAAUCAUCACCAUGGCCAGAGCUGCUAUCGAUGCUCGGCCAGGCUGGAGAGAGGAUCAUGAUUGAUCUCCUCUUAGACCAUUCCAUCUUUGUCAAAGUGCAAACCGGGAAUGAGAACUAUUAUCAAUUGAGUGGGAGACCCAUUACAAACUUGGAGCCGAUCAUUGCUACCAAGCCACCACAAGACCUCAGUAAAGUUCAUGGAAGCCAAAAGUCGGCGGCAGAAAUAGUCUUUGUGAGGAGCCGGAUGCUAUACUCGCGCGCAGCCCUAAAUGCCCGCGGAGCAGUGCACUUUGGACUCAGACACAUCCAUGUCCUGAACAGGUACCCAGCAAUCUCAGAAGACGCCGAUGAUGUACGGAAAGGGAAAGGGGGCAAUAGCAAACUUGGAGAUGCCGCCCGGCAGGAGAAAAUGCGCGGCAACACGAUACAUUGCAUGAUGUAUAUGUUCCCUCGGCAGUUUGGCUUGCACAAUGCCUUCACGUCUGUCGUUGACCACACCCAAACAAGCCAGAGGUUCCAAGACUAUACACUGCGUGAGGAGGAGAUUCAACAGAAAUUCAAAUCCUCGAGCCCCGCUCAUGUUUCAAUUCCCAAACGACUCAGAGGUACUCCCUUUCACUUGGUGGAGAAGAUGCAGAUAUUGCAUCGGCGUUGCUCGUAUUCUGCGCUCUUGAAACAUUACUGUCCUGCUUCUUCAACCAACAGCAUCGUAGCCUCGCUUAAGGAUGUUGUCAAGAGAGACGAGCAAGCCUUGGUACUUGAGCUCUCUACUCCUGCAGCUCAUGUAUCUGCGUACUGCCAAGCAGUCCUUUCCAAGCUUGUCCCCGAUAAGUUUUGGGGAGAGGGGCAGACCAGAGUGGCCAAUAAGAAAGUGUUCCUUAAACAUGUUGAUCAUUUUAUCAAACUGCGGCGGUUCGAGACGAUGAAUCUUCACGAACUAAGCCAGGGAUUCAAGAUCAAGGAAAUAGAAUGGCUUGCUCCGCCUAAAUUAUCAUGCCAAAAAGCCAGCCAGUCGGAUAGGCUGAAGCGAAUCGAAAUAUUCCAAGAAUUCCUCUACUACCUCUUCGAUUCAAUACUCAUUCCUUUGAUCCGCAGCAACUUUUACGUCACAGAAUCAAGUACUCACCGUUCCCAGCUAUUCUUCUUCCGGCACGAUGUUUGGCGUCAGGUUGCAGAGCCAUUCAUGGCCGUCCUCAAAGUCAACACGUACGAGGAGAUGAGCACGGAGGAGGCACAACGGAUACUUGGCUCGCGCGACCUCAACUUUAGUCAAGUGAGGCUGUUGCCGAAAGGCUCCAGCAUGCGUCCCAUUACUAAUCUGCGCCGAAGAGCGCUGGCCAAUGGUAGCAAGAAGAUGCUUGGUGCCAGCAUAAACACUAUCCUUGGCCCGGCCCAUACUAUGCUCAAAUACGAAAAGACCAAAGAUCCAUCCAGGCUUGGGUCAGCCAUGUUCUCCGUUGGCGACAUAUACAGUCGGUUAAAGGCUUUCAAGGAGCGCGUGGGUACUGCGAACAGAAGGUUCUACUUUGCAAAAGUCGACGUCAAGGCCGCCUUCGAUACAAUACCCCAGUCGGCAGUCCUUCAGCUUAUAUCAGAGAUCCCUACUCACGGCCAAUACAAGCUCAUCAAGCACGCCGAGGUUGAGCGGUCGACUGGCGAUCCUUCGGACCCAGGCAAGCUUGCCAAGAGGUGGCGCUCUUAUGCCAGAGGCGUAGGGGAUCAUGUCACAUUCAUGGAUGUGCUUGCCUCCCAGAUCGCCCGGAACAAGAACAACGCCGUCUACUUCGAGAGCGUGUUCCAAAAGGUCCACAACACGAUCGACUUGAUGAAUCUGAUUACAUCGCACAUCAAACAGAACCUGAUUCGAAUAGGCAAGAGGUUUUAUCGACAAAAGGACGGAAUCCCACAAGGCUCUAUACUCAGCUCGCUCCUCUGCAACUAUUUUUAUGCUGAUUUGGAACUCAAAAAAUUGGCCUUCUUGCAGUCUGGCGACUGUCUUCUUCUUCGUUUAAUCGACGACUUUCUUCUGAUUACGCUCGACGUGUCCAAGGCGAGGCAGUUCAUAGAGGUCAUGCACGCCGGUGUGCCUGAAUAUGGAGUCACCGUCAACCCCAACAAGAGUCUCGUGAACUUUGACGUGGUGUGCCAGGGAGUCGAGGUUCCCAAGCUGGGCCCCGGUAGAUCGACAGGGUUCCCUUACUGCGGCACGCUCAUCAGCUGCAGCUCGCUCGACGUCAGCAAAGACCGGCGCGACCCGGCGGCACCGCGCGCGCUCACGGUGGACUUCUCGCGCCACCAGGGCCUCAACUUUCAGCGCAAGGUGCUCAACGCCUUCAAGAUACAGUCGCACCUGAUGUUCUUCGACUCGACGCACAACUCGCGGCCCACGGUGCUCGCCAACCUCUUUGGCGCCCUGGCCGAGACGGCCAAGAAGAUGUGGGCGUACGCCAGGGCCAUGCCGCAGCGGAGACGACCGAGGACGCACGUCGUCCUGCAGACCAUUACCACGCUGGUCGACGUUGCGUAUGCGUUGCUGGCGAGCAAGUCGAGGAGGGCCAGAUUCCCCGGGUAUGAGUGUGGCAUCAGCAAGAAGCUGGUCAAGUGGCUUUCAUUGCACGCCUUCAAGCGAGUGUUGGCCAAGAGACAGGCCGGGUAUGGUCAAGUUCUAUCUUGGCUGGAUACGGAGAUACGCAAGUUGAAUUUCAAGGGCAAACUCCCAGUAUGCAAUGUAUAG